AUGCGGGAGCGCCUCGGCACGGGGCUUCGGCAGUCGUCCGUGGGACAAAAGGUAGGCGGGGGUCGGGCCAGGGGCGCGCCCGCGCGGGGCCCCCCGCGCUCCAGCGGCCCGGGUGUGCGCAGAGAGACCGGCGAGCAGGUGGCAUGCAAGCAGUGCCGGCAGGAGCUGAGCCCGCGCAACCGCGACCGCUGGGCGCUGGAGAUACAGAUCAUGAAGAGGCUCAACCAUCCCAAUGUGGUGGCUGCCCGUGAUGUCCCUGAAGGGAUGCAGAAGCUUGCACCAAAUGACUUACCCUUGCUGGCCAUGGAGUACUGCCAGGGUGGAGACCUCCGCAAGUACCUGAAUCAGCUGGAGAAUUGCUGUGGCUUGCGGGAGGAAGCCAUUCUCAUCUUGCUGUCUGAUAUUGCUUCUGCUCUCAGGUACCUUCAUGAGAACAGGAUCAUCCACAGAGACUUGAAACCAGAGAACAUUGUGCUGCAGCAAGGAGAGCAGAGGUUAAUACACAAAAUCAUUGACCUGGGUUAUGCUAAGGAACUGGAUCAGGGUAGCCUGUGCACAUCCUUUGUUGGGACUCUGCAGUACUUGGCUCCAGAGCUGCUGGAACAGCAGAAGUACACGGUGACAGUGGAUUACUGGAGCUUUGGCACACUGGCCUUUGAGUGCAUUACGGGCUUCCGACCGUUCCUGCCCAACUGGCAGCCAGUGCAGUGGCACACAAAAGUGCGUCAGAAGAGUGAGCUGGAUAUUGUUGUUUCAGAAGACUUAUCUGGAGAAGUCAAGUUUUCCAGCAGCUUACCCUGCCCAAACAAUCUAAACAGUGUUUUGUCUGCGAGGUUGGAGAAAUGGCUGCAACUCAUGUUAAUGUGGCACCCACGUCAGAGAGGGACAGAUCCUACAUAUGGACCCUAUGGGUGUUUCAAAGCCCUGGAUGACAUUUUGAACUUGAAGUUGCUUCAUGUUUUGAACAUGGUUACGGGAACCGUGCACACCUACCCUGUGACAGAGGAGGAGACUCUGGAGAGUGUGAAGGCCAGGAUCCAGGCAGACACAGGAAUCCCAGAACAGGACCAGGAGCUACUGCAGGAAGCAGGACUUGAAUUGUUUUCUCAGAAGUUGGUCACUAAACAUAUAGCUGAUAGCAAGGUGAAUGAUGCUGCAGCUGCAGACACAGACCUCCUGUUCCUCUUUGACAACAAGAAGGUUUCCUACGAGGCUCAGGUGGCCUUGCGUCCUCACCCAGAAAGUGUCGACUGCAUCCUUCAGGAUCCCAAGAAGAACCUGCACUUCUUCCAGCUGCGCAAGGUGUGGGGUCAGAUCUGGCACACGAUCCGGGUGCUGAAGGAGGACUGUAACCGGCUGCAGCAGGGGCAGCGCGCGGCCAUGAUGAAUCUGCUGCGUUACAACAGCACCCUCUCCAAGAUGAAGAAUUCUAUGGCCUCCCUUUCCCAGCAGCUGAAAGCAAAGCUGGACUUCUUUAAAACAAGCAUCCAGAUCGAUCUGGAAAAGUAUAAAGAGCAGAUUGAAUUUGGAAUUACUUCUGAGAAGCUGCUGUUUGCCUGGAAAGAGAUGGAACAAGCUGUGGAACUUUGUGGGCGGGAGGAUGAUGUGGAUCAGCUGGUGAAGAGGAUGAUGGCCCUGCAGACAGACAUUGUGGACCUGCAGAGAAGCCCACUAGGUCGUAAACAAGGAGGAACACUGGAGGAUCUAGAAGAACAGGCCCGAGAGCUGUACCGGAGACUGAGAGAGAAGCCAAGAGAUCAGAGGACAAGUGGUGACAGCCAGGAAAUAGUGAGGCUGCUGCUCCAGGCAAUCCAGACCUUCGAGAAGAAAGUUCGAGUCAUUUAUGCUCAGCUCAGUAAAACUGUAGUUUGCAAGCAGAAGGCACUGGAAUUGUUCCCCAGAGUGGAGAAGGUGAUGGAUCUGAUGCGUGAAGAUGAGGAAACCGUUGUCAGGCUUCAGGAGAAACGGCAAAAAGAAUUGUGGAACUUGCUGAAAAUUGCUUGUAGUAAAGUCCGUGGUCCUGUCACUGGCAGCCCAGAGAGCAUGAACACAUCUCGUCUUGGUGGCCCUGGUCAGCUGCUGCUGCAGGUCCCUUCUGAAACCUACCAUUUAUCAGACUCUGUAAGAAAAAGUGAGGAGCUACUGCUGGAAUCACAGAAACUUUGUAGCCAGCUAGAAAAUGUGAUGUAUGACACAAUGAAGGAUCAGGAGCAGAGCUUCAUGGCUCUAGACUGGAGCUGGCUGCAGCUUCAGGUGGAAGAAACCAACAGUCCAGAACAAACCCAGAUGUGAAAUCACGUCCGUCGCCCCUGAAGACGCUGCUUUGGGAAGCCAAGUGUGAAAAGCUGCUGCCCCCAAGAAGGGAAGAUCAACUGCCUCCUUCUGUCACCUGCUGCUCCUGUGACACACACAGCCUAGCUUUAGUAUCCACCUCCCAGACACUCUGCUCACAAAGCUACAGUAGGAAAUGCCUGUUCUAACUGCCUGGAAAACGUUCUUAAUUGUGCCUUAUGACAGCAGAUAAUUCUUAUUCUCUGUCCUGAUAUAUCUUCCCUUAGGCAUCACCUGUGGCUGUUCUACUGCAUUUUAGGCUUUCUGAUGGAACAAUGGACAAUGUUUGCCCAGGCACUGGUAGAUGUCACCUUUGUAAUAUACUUGAACUGUGAACCUCAUUUCUUAACUCUGCUGAUUUGCACUUUUUUUUCUUUAAGUGUAAUGGUUGUACUUACCUAAUACUUGUUUCCUAUAUGGGAACGAAAUUAUCUAAAACAUGUAAACUUUU